AUGUCCAUGCACAUGCACAGCGCUACUGGCACUAUGGCCAUGAGUUCUUCCACGAUGGAUCAUGGUAGUAUGGACCAUGGCAGCAUGGACCACGGUGGAAUGGACCACGACAUGAUGGGCAUGAAUAUGUGGUUGACCACUAAAUACGAAGGAUACCCUGUUUUGUUCAAAGACCUAGUGGCCAACAACGGCGGUGAGGCUUUUGGUAUUUUCCUUCUCUUCUUCGUGGUGGCUUUCGUUGGUAAAGGCUGCGAAUUCCUCAAGAACUACUUGGAGCUGAAGGUAUGGAAUAACCCAAACUACCACCGUCAAACUACCAUCAUUGACGAAUGUGCUUGUGACGAUGAAGAAGCUGGUUCUGGAAAGAUUCUGGAUUCUCUCGAACGCACGGACAGACCUCCUGCCAGUCACUCGUUCUUCACCUACUUGAUGAGAGACUUGAUCAGAAUCAUUCUAUGCUUUAUUCCUGAGAUGUUCGGCUACGCCUUGAUGUUGGUGGCCAUGACGUUCAGUCUUGUCUACUUCUUCUCUGUCAUUUUGGGAAACACUUUUGGCCGCUUCUUCUUUGAAAAGUUGAGCAACAAACUUAAUGUUCUGCCCGGCGCAAACAACUUUGCCGGCCACCACUAA